UAUAUGGAGUACGUACUACUUAAUUACUAUAUAUUGCUCAUGAAAUAACUCCUCCUCGUUACUACUUAAUUACUCCAUAUAGAUAUGGACAUAUCACGCGGCACACGUUCCAUUAUCAUUCACCACCCAUCACCACCAUCAUCAUCAUCGUGUGAUCUGAAAAAGAUCAAAAUAGUUGAAAAUCCGACGGGGCAUAACAUUCAUGAAAAAUACUUCGUCGACGUUCACCGGCAGCUCGGCAGCGGCACCUAUGGGGCGGUACACGUCUGCGUCGACUGGAACUCCGGCCGCCAGUUUGCAUGCAAGACCAUUUUGAAAGACGACAGGAUGGAAAUAGCAGACUACGUGAGAAACGAGGUUGCCGUGUUGAGACAUUUGAUGAAGGAGGAGAAACCACCUAGUACUAGUAGUAAGAAGUAUGUGGUCCCCAUGGAAGGUGUGUACGAGGAUGACACCGCGGUUCACAUUGUGAUGGAGUUGUGUAGGGGUGGGACAUUGCAGGAUGAGCUGUUAAAGAGGAACCCCAGCGUUUACAACGAAGACGAGGCUGCAAGGGUUAUAAGGACUAUUGUUGAAACUGUAAAGAUGUUGCACGAGAAAGGAGUCAUCCACCGUGACAUCAAACCUCGCAAUCUUAUCUAUGCAAACAAGAGUAGUCACGUUGACAGCGCUGCGUUAAAAGUAAUUGAUUUUGGGUUAGCCCAUUUCUUUAAGCCUGGUGAGAAGUAUGGUGAUAGAAUUGGAACCGUAUUGUUCAUGGCUCCAGAACUAUUGAGGGGUGAUUAUGGACCAGAGGUUGAUAUUUGGAGCAUUGGGAUCAUACUUUACGUGCUUCUUAAUCUAAAAUAUCCUUUCUGGCCAGGUUCACAAAGUAUAGAUAGAAUGGCUGAAGCAAUCAAUCGCACAGAAAUUGGUGUAGAGAGUAACAAUUGGCAUCUUAUCUCCGAUAACGCCAAAGAUCUUAUAGUUAAAAUGCUUAAUAGAGAUCCUAUCACUUUUUCCACCUUCUCCUUUUUCAACCCACCAAACUUCCCCAAAAAUCUCUCCACUCCCAAGCACUCCGAUCUAUCCAUAUCCAUGGCUUCCAUGACAAUCACACCCGCAUAUUUCGGAGGCUCAGCCGCCGUCCCCAAGGGCCCCUCCGCCCUCCGGCGCGGGGUCGUCCCCGUCAGGGCAUCGAAGGAGGCGUCGAACGCCGCCUCCGCCGAAGAGAUCGGAAAAGGGAGGAGGGAUUUAGUCUUCGCCGCCGCGGCAGCGGCGGCGUGGUCGGUGGUGAAGGUGGCGGCGGCGGAGGAGGAGCCGAAGCCGGGGACGGCGGAGGCGAAGAAGAAGUACGCUCCGAUUUGUGUGACAAUGCCCACCGCCAAAAUCUGCCGCAAGUGAGAAACCUAAUUAUUAUUAUGAAGACCGCUCUUCUCUUGCUCCGUAUGUUGUAAUUGGGUUCAUAACAAUGGCUGUAAAACCUUUGCCUUUUUUUUAUUUAAAAAAAAAUUAUAUUUUCUUAUAUUAAUCUUCUUUUUAAAUUGCUAAAUUCUUAAGUGGACCUAAAAUGCAUCUAAAUUUUCAUGAACUAGCAUAGCUUCAUAAUCUAUUUCU